UCUUGCGGCGGAGCAGGGUUGCGGCGUGGGAAAGAACCGUGAGGAGCCGAGCGCGCCGCCGUGGGAGCCGCGCCCGCCGAGGCCCAGGAGGGAGGAGGGAAGGAGGCGGGCGGGCCGGGCGCCGCGCCCCACUCGGCGUCCGUGGCUGCGGCCCGCGGCGUGUUCUCCACGAUGAAGCGCCCUUGCGAGGAGACGACCUCCGAGAGCGACAUGGACGAGACCAUCGACGUGGGGAGCGAGAACAAUUACUCGGGGCAAAGUACUGGUUCCGUGAUAAGAUCGAAUUCUCCCACAACAACAUCUCAGAUUAUGGCGAGAAAGAAAAGAAGAGGGAUCAUAGAGAAAAGGCGGCGGGAUCGGAUAAAUAAUAGCUUAUCUGAAUUGAGAAGACUGGUGCCAACUGCUUUUGAAAAGCAAGGUUCCGCAAAGUUAGAGAAAGCUGAAAUCCUGCAAAUGACAGUGGAUCAUUUGAAGAUGCUUCAGGCAACAGGAGGUAAAGGCUACUUUGACGCCCACGCUCUUGCCAUGGACUUCAUGAGCAUCGGCUUCCGAGAGUGCCUGACGGAGGUGGCCAGGUACCUGAGCUCUGUGGAGGGCCUGGACUCCGCAGACCCCCUGCGCGUGCGCCUCGUCUCCCAUCUCAGCACGUGCGCCUCCCAGCGAGAGGCGGCAGCCAUGACCUCCUCCAUGGCCCACCACCACCACGCGCUGCACCCACACCACUGGGCCGCCGCCUUUCAUCACCUGCCUGCUUCCCUGCUCCAGCCCAACGGACUCCACGCCUCGGAGUCAACCGCUUGUCGCCUCUCCACCACUUCCGAAGUGCCUCCUACCCACGGCUCUGCCCUGCUCACGGCCACAUUCGCCCACGCGGAUUCUGCCCUUCGGAUGCCGUCCACCGGCAGUGUCGCCCCUUGCGUGCCACCUCUCUCCACCUCUCUCUUGUCGCUCUCUGCCACAGUCCAUGCCGCUGCCGCAGCUGCCACAGCAGCUGCACACAGCUUCCCUCUGUCCUUCGCGGGGGCCUUCCCCAUGCUCCCCCCAAACGCAGCCGCAGCUGUGGCAGCAGCUACAGCGAUCAGCCCUCCCUUGGCGGUGUCAGCCACGGCCAGUCCUCAGCAGACAAGCAGUGGAACAAACAGUAAACCUUACCGCCCUUGGGGGACAGAAGUCGGCGCCUUCUAAGUUCUCUGAACUUCUUGCAACAGCGGCUGAAUGUCCUGCGUUUCAGAGUCAGCUUCAAAGCUCUGUACCCUAAAGGUAGCCAGGCAAAUGGCUACAGAUUCACAAAGGAAGAAGAAAGAAAGCUAUUUGAGACACAAACCUCACACAUUGGAAAUGUUGGUAUCUGUUUGUCUUGCUUAUUUAAGGCAGCUUGGUAACAGACAUCAGCAAGUUUGAAAAACGUCACCCUUGUUUCCACUUUGAAGUUCCCUGGAAAAUAUAUGCAUGGUACCACCCAGCAGCACCUCAUUGUAUUCCUUUUGGGGGAGAACAGUGCCCCAACUGAAUUCACUCAAAACUAGCUGGGGGAAAAAUACUGGUGUUUCCUAAGUGCCUGAGCUAGGAAUGUUUCCUGUGAACAUGUAACAUUACACAGUCAAGAAGGUGGGUGGGGGUAGGUGAAGGAAGGAAGGGGGACUGGCUUUGUGUUGGGCUGCAGACGUUGUAACACCAUCCCAGAGGAGAGUCUGUGGGGGCAAAAGGAUUGCUGAACAUUAUGAAGCUAAAAGACCUUAUCUUAGUUUGCUUUCUCUGUAUGGCCUUGCCAAGUGGUGACAUUUAACAAUGCAGUAGCAUAGGCAAUUACUCCAUAUUCCAUCAGUGCUCAGAUGAAGCAGUGUCUCAGCUCUUCCUACAAGCCCCUGGCCACCUUUCUGUUUUGAUGGUUCAACACGUGGUUCUUGUUUAAACCUUACACUUAUAGAGUGCACCUAGAAAGAGUUGCCUGUGUGCCCACCAGAGGCUUUGAGUCAUGACAAUUUGGAAACUACCCAGUUUGCAAGAGUUUGGAUUAGUUUAUUCAGUCCCAUUGGGACUGUUUUCUUCUGUUUAGCGUCUUCAUUUUCUCCUGCUAAUGUGUAACAUCUAGUCUUGUCACCUUUGGGAAAAAGUUCUAUUUCUGGAGGUGAUGAGACAAGAACAGAGCAUUGGAAAUAGAGAAGCCUCAGUUUGUAAACACUCUUUGUCAAGAUGGUGAUUGCAUUUGGUCCCAAAUCAAGAUGAAUGUAUGCAAUAGGAUGUACAUAAAUUAUUUUUGUUUGGCCUAGACUAGUGCAACAUAAUGGUGUUUUGGUUUUGUCUUUCGGACUUGUUCAAUGACAAAAUAAUCUCUUAAUACAUUGAAAUUGAGCACGUGAGAUUUUUAUAUUUGAAAGAGACACAGCAUGUAUUAUGCACUUCAUUUCUCUGCUGUGUGGAGAAAGCAAUAAACAUAAGAAUGUUAAACAUGCAGAUUAUACUUCUAAAUAUUUGUUUUAAAAUUACUGUACCUAAUCUUUUUUGCCUUACUUUGUAACCUUUUUCUAUGCAAAGGUCUUUACGUAUCACUAAUUAAAUGAAAUCCUUUUUGACUAUU